GCUCGUCGCCUAGGGACGGCUAGCACCAUCCAAGAACGGCGCGUUCGCGCUCGCGCCUCCUCCUCCUCCUCCACAUUUGCGUGCGACCGCGCGCGGCGCCCUCCCGCCGGCGGCGAUGGCGUACCGCAGGAAGCAGGGCAUCCAGCGGUCGGCCACCUUCGUCGAGGACCACCGCCAGCCGUCGUCGGGCGGCUCCGCGUCGCCGGCCAUCGCGUCCCCGCGCGCCACCCGGUUCGCCGACGACAACCGCCGCCCCGACCGCUCCUCCCACCUGGCCGCGCAGGGCAUGCUGGCGUCGUCCGCCGCGCGCGGGGGCCAGCUGCCUGCCUUCGCCGAGCGCCGCCCCGCCCCGGCGUCCCUAGUCGACGAUCCGCCGAGUGACCCUGCGCAGGCGCAGGAUCCUGUCACCCAGCUGUACACAUCGACGAGACUCUUAAACGACGAUGGGCCAAAGUACGACCUCGAGCUAUCCAGAAGAGACGACGCGAAGCAUGGAUUCUGGGGACUCGUGGCGCAGAAAGCCAAAGUAAUGCUCGACGAAAAUGGCACACCCCGAGACACUCAGGUAACAACUCUGAAACCAGAAGAAGUAGCCAGCGCCUCUUCAUAUCCGACGUGGCUCAGAAAGCCAAAGUUUGAACGACGAUCCGACGACGCCGUGUUCGGAUUUCGUUUCCCAUCCAUUUCUCCUCGCGUGAUCCUUCUGUCAGUUUGCAACGUUGCAUGCUGCUGUUCACUUCAGUUUGACCUCUGUUUUCCUGUUCUUCCCGGCGCACAAUUUCAGCCUUCUCAAUCUCGCUGGUCGUACGACCGGGUCCGAAGUUCGGAGAGCCCUGCGUCACAGAAAGGGUCAAAAGGGAGGCUCGACAUCGGAGGAAAGAUCAAGAACGCCCUUGAAGAGGGCCUGACGGUGGCCGAGAGCAAAGCUGGCGGCGGCAGCGACGUCGUCGUUGCCCGGAGGCUGCAGAUCAGGAGGAAGGCGUGCAGCAUGGACCUGCGCGGCACGAACCUGAGCCUGGCCAGCCCCGACAUGUCGCCGAUGCUGUCCGACUCGGAGUCCCCUCAGAUCAAGGCUUCUCGCGACGUAGCGAACGCCAUGGCCGCCAAGGUGAAGCUGCUGCAGCGGGAGCUGAAGACGGUGAAGGCCGACCUGGCCUUCUCCAAGGAGCGGUGCGCGCAGCUGGAGGAGGAAAACCGGCUGCUCCGGGGCGGCAACCACGACGCCGACGAGGACCUGAUACGGCAGCAGCUGGAGACGCUGCUCGUGGAGAAGGCGCGGCUGGCGAACGAGAACACGGUGUACGCCCGCGAGAACCGGUUCCUGCGGGAGAUCGUCGAGUACCACCAGCUGAACAUGCAGGACGUUGUCAACCUCGACGACGACAUCGAGGAAGAAGACGAGUACGAGGGCGAAGUGGAGGCCGAGCAGUACGGCGAUUUCCUCACCUCCUCGCCGUCCCACCGUGUGCAGGAAACGGAGUACCUACCGGCCGGCCCGGGCACUGCCCCCCAGUCGCCCUCUCGGCACACAGAGUCGCCGCGGAUGCUGAGCACCAACAGCGGCAGCACCGUUGACAACAAGUCGCCACGGAUUCUGAGCACCAACAGCGGUGGCACCAUUGACAACGAGUCGCCGAUGCGCCGGAGCUUCAAGGAUGAUGGUUCGUCGCCAGAAACGACGAGCGACGGUUGAGGAAAGGCGUUCUGUGUUGCGGAAGCUGUAGUGCAUGUAUGCAGAGGAUAUAAUUUGUUGUUAUUGGGAUAUUGUUGCAUGUAAUUCCUAGUACAUCUGAUC